GAAGAUGUGUGGAAGCAGCUUUUACUAGCAGCAAUAGGGGAACAAUUAUCAGAUGGGGUAAUAGAGGAUGAUGAUAUUAUUGGUGUAAGUGUAAGUAUCCGUGACAGGGAUGAUCUUGUUUUAAUUUGGAAUAGGUUUGCACACUUACGAGAUCAAUCAACUGUUGUUCAGAAAGUUCAAGAGUUAUUGCCUCAUGUUGCAUUCAGCACAGUAUUUUAUAAAGCAUUUAGUAUGCAUGACGCAUUUGAAGGUAAAAAGGCUCACAUCCAAUUCCGAUGAUGAUCUUAUUUUCUAGUAAAACUUGUGGCUUUAGCUUUAAGAUUUGUACAAUUUUGGUUACAUGGCUGUAGCUGAUAUGAUCAAUCCUCUAUCUAAGGAUUUUUUCUGGUUUCAUUAGCUUUUAUUAAAUAACUGAAUGGAAAUGAAUAAAGACCUCCUAAGAUGGAAAUGUUCUCAUCAUUGACAUAGAGUAAUAUGUUACUUAGAUGCCUUGUAGUCACGUUGCCCACUACUUGUGUUAAGCUUUCAAAACAAGCAGAUUCAAAUCAGAUUUGUUUAUUCCAUUGAACAGCUACAUUAUCUAGGAUUAAAAACAUUUGAAUGCAUUGAGAUUUCUAUAGCGUUUUUUUUUUAAAUUUUACAAAAUUAGAAUCAAAGCUCUUAAGCAACUGUGUGAUAACAUCUCAUAAAGAAUUUCAGUUACCGAUGCUGUAUCUGCAGUCAAAAUAUCAGUUAUUAGGCUUAUUCUAAAUUAUAUAGCUAUAAUAUUUCCAAAUUAAAUUUUAUGUUAGAACUGAUGGAAAAUUCUGAAUUCAAAAUUUAAUAAAUGUUAUUGUCUGCUGACAAGAUGUUUACGAUUUCUAGAACUAAGAGCAAAAGUGAGUUCCUAAGUCAAAUUAUCUAAAUGAAUGUCUCAUGCUGUGGUCAUUAGAAUUUGAUUCAUGGCCCAGUUUUCAAGAGAGGUUAGGGAGGUAGCCAUUUGUAGGUAAAACCAAUAAAAAAUAAUUAAUUAACGAUGUUUGAUAUACUUGUUAUAUAAAUUAACUUUUUAUACUGACCUGUUUGACACUAAAUAAAUAAUAAAUACAUGGAUUUACCGUCA